AUGGAUACAGAAGCUCUUCCAUCUGACCUUGUCGCUGCGGUCAUCCGCCUUAGCAGGAUCCCGCGUGCGAGACGUGCUCUCUACGAGCUUAUCGAUACCUAUCUCCAGCCUCCUCAUGGCAUGUUGGAUCUCCCGCUCGAAAUCUUGGAGCAUGUGGUCACUUUUGUGGGCCCAGAGGGUCUCAUUGCUCUCCGAACAACCUGCAAGAAGCUGGAAGAAGCGACCAGGAGUAGAUUUAUCGACCGCUUUAUCGAGUGCCGCCGCCAUGUCCUCAGCAUCUACAGUCUCAAGGCUUUGAUCGAUAUUGCCGCUCAUCCUCAUUUUGGACGAUUCGUCAAGACAGUUAUUCUCGAUACCACCUGCCCCUUCGAGCACGACGGAAAAAGAUACGUCGCCAGCACCCAGUCCUUCAAUCAUCAUGAUGCCUGUAAACUUCUCAAAGAAGCAUUCCGCCAACUGAAAAUGCAUGGACAAAAAAUCGCCUUAGGCGUGACAGACCGCAAUCGAACCAGCCACGGCAUCUGGAAGCUUUUUUCACCACGAUCCAAAUUCCAUCUUCUUAAGCAGGAUAGGAGAUUCGUCUUCCUUAUCGUUCGCAUCUGCGCCAAUGAGCUCGAUAUCAUUGUCAGCAAAUGGGUCUUCGAAUUAAGGGAGGUUUGUCCAGCCGCGACCAGAGACAAAACUGUUCAAAAGUUCGCGAGCGAGGCUCUCGAUGUCACUAGAAUUCUCUCGCCCUCUAGAUCACUCAAGUUCAAUGUGUUGCAGGCGCACUUUAGCUUGCACAUAAUUGAAUUUGAGUUGAUCUGGGACCAUGAAGAAAGGAGUCUGGAGAUGUCUGGGCUCGCACAGUGGUGUCCGCGCCUUGAUAGAAAUGUGGCCUUUAACCUACUCGAGGGCCUGGACUUGGUAGCAGCAGCAAAAAUCACCGAGUUGACACUGUCAAGCUGUCGUAUUGCUUCGGACAUCGAUCAUGACCAGUUCAUCAAGUUUAUCCAGACUUGCUCUAAGACUCUGGAGAGGGUGAAACUCUCGGGGAUCGUCAUUGCACACGACUCAAAAUGGAGCCCAGUACUCCGGCUUCUCGCUCGUGCUCCUUACCUGGCGAAGUUCGAGUUGGUAACACUUUCAAGACAGUUUCAGGCUCGUGUCAGCUCCGAGAAGCGGACCGUUGUGGUCGUGUAUGUUGAUGAAUGGUCUGGUCAUGGUGGCAACAUUUCCGCCGAGCUGGAUGAUUUGGCUGCCGCCGUCGAAGCAGACGAGUCUACGUGGGAAUCGCUUAGCAACAAUGAUCCGAAAAAGUGGAUGUACCGCAUGACAGGCCGCAAGAAGACUCCGAACACGCUCGAUGCCGAGUCUGCCAAUGAUAAUGGAUCUUUCACUUUCGCCAACCUCCAACGCCCUCGAUGA